CUGUGUUCCAUUCCAUCCGAUGCAAUAUCAAGGCUCUGACAUCCAACCUCUACGACAAAGUCCCCAUGGUAACGAAUAGGGCAAACACCCCAAACAAACAGUCGUGCCGUGUUUCUCCGUGAUGGUUCACCCCCAGGCUCUGCAAUACAAUAUCAAUCCAUUUUGGCUUGUUCUUCGGUCCUUUUGCCAAGUUUUUAGACGAAAUUAAAUUUUGAAGAAACAUUAUUCGGAAACCCGUCGGAGCGGUAACGGAAUGGACGACUACAUGCCCCCACGGUACCAGCUGCUCGGUAGGAUAGGCGAAGGUGUUCACGGCGUGGUGGUGAAGGCCCGGGAUCUGAGCAACGACGACAAGAUAGUGGCAAUUAAAAAGCUUACGCUCCGGACGAAGCAUGGCUGGAUUUCGCCGAACACGAUACGGGAGAUCAAAGUGUUGCAGAAUUCACAGUGUGAAAAUAUUUUAUCCUUGCUGGAUAUGUAUCCUGACCUAUCCGGAAUAUCGCUAGUAUUCGAAUACAUGCCCUACACACUGUACAGCAAAAUGAAGGACGAGGAGCAUCCACUAUCCCGACACGAAAUCCGACGCUACAUGGCCAUGCUACUGAACGGCCUCAAGUAUCUCCACGAGCUGAAAAUCAUGCACCGGGACAUAAAACCAGCCAAUUUACUAAUUGACAAGCACGAUGUGUUGAAAAUUUGCGACUUCGGUUUAGCCCGGCUGUUUAACGAUCAGGACCCUUCGAAAGUGUACUCCCCGCAAGUGGCCACCCGAUGGUACCGGGCACCGGAGAUACUCUGGGGAUGCCAAACGUACGGACCCUCGAUUGAUAUGUGGGCGGCAGGGUGCGUGUUUGCCGAGAUGCUUCGGGGCGUGCCGCUCUUUUCCGGAGCCACCGAUAUCGAACAGUUGGCGCUGGUGGUGCGGACCCUGGGGACGCCCAUAUUGAAGGAAUGGCCUGAGGUGCGCAGCCUGCCGGACUACAACAAAAUACGGUUUCCCAACGCCAAGGGCGAACGAUGGGAGGAUAUUUUUCCUAGUUUUACUACCAAGCACGAGAUAGGACUGGUGGACGGACUGGUGACGUACAACCCGAGCCGGCGGUUGACAGCGGAGGAGGCCAUGCACCAGCCGUAUUUCACGGACGGAGAUGAAAGUUAGGACCCGGAAGGAUCACACCAGUUAGAGCCUCUGAUGAGCUGGUCAUACCCCAAAGCGGCGAUUAUCAUCUCUGUGUGGUAUCGUUUGUUGGUCCUUUUAGGCCAUGGACACGUGAAUUUUCCUCUGCUUGAAACGCCGACAGAAAACCAACCGCCAUAAGCGCAGAGGAAAAAAAGGGUUGAAACAUAAAGUAAAUAUAUAUUAGUCCGCAGGCGGUGAUUACCUUGCCAAAACUCUCUGCUGCUCACUGUUGCUCGUCCAGUGAAAUAUCACCAGGAGAUGACGGUCGGUACUCACGGA